AUGCCCAAUACUCGAGAUCGCCGGGACUGGCCCCCUGAGGAAGGGGCGGCUGCAGGGCUCCAAGGCUUCGCUGUGGAUAAGACCUUCCUCUCUUCCCUCAGAGGCAUCCUGCUGGAAACCGAGCUGGCCCUAACCUUGAUCAUCUUCAUCUGCUUCACGGCCUCCAUCUCCGCCUACAUGGCGGCAGCGCUGCUGGAGUUCUUCAUCACACUCACCUUCCUCUUCCUCUAUGCUACCCAGUACUACCAGCGAUUUGAUCGGCUUAACUGGCCCUGUCUGGUUUUUGGCAUCAUCCUGGUUUCUGUCUUUGCCUACGAUGCCUUCAAGAUUUAUCAGACUGAGAUGGCACCCAGGGCCACCCAGGGGGACCAGCAGUGA